UUCAACAUGGCGGACGCAAACGAGAAACAUGACGAGGAGUAGUGACUGAUCAGUCGUGAGAAAAACGAGGAACAUGGCGCGUACUAGUGACUGAUCAAUCAAACGAUUUUGGAUCAAAAUGUUUCGGCAUACUUUGAAAGGCGUUAAGGUAGUGACUUGUUACGCUGUUCCGACGUUUCGUAAGUUGUGGUUUCCCUUCAUAGAGAGUCAAGCAAGGUUGUUGUCAAACGUGAUCAGCACCCUUGAGCCGCACUUGAAAAAUCUUGUGAAACAACACGAAGAGAUCACUGAGAGGUUGUCUGUUACUGAGGGGAAUAUUCCAACUGCGAGUGAACACAAGACUUUAUCCAAGCAGCUUUCUAAACUUUCACCUAUUGUCCAUUUGAUAAGCCAAAUUGAGACAAAGGAGAAGGAAAUCAAGGAUUUAGAUGAAAUGAUAUUGGAAAUUGGUGGAGAAUUAGGGAAAUUUGCAGAAGAGGAUAAGAAGCAAGCUCUCAGUGAUAUAAAGAAAAUUGAGGAUGAGUUGCUUAAGGCUCUUAUUCCUCAAGAUGGUGAUGAUGAAAACAGUGCCAUACUAGAAUUAAGGGCUGGCACUGGUGGAAAGGAAGCAUCCUUGUUUACUGAGGAGAUGUUGACAAUGUAUCAAAGGUUUUCAGCUUACAAGAAGUGGAAAUUUGAAAUUCUGAACAUUAGUAAAAGUGAAGGUGGUGGUAUUAAGGAAGCUUCUGUGAGUAUUGUAGGGAGUGGUGUGUUUGGCACGAUGAAGUUUGAAACUGGUGUUCACAGAGUGCAAAGAGUUCCGCAUACAGAGUCGCUAGGCCGUAUUCACACUAGUACUAUGACUGUGGCAGUGUUACCACAACCUGAAGAGGUAGAUGUGGUGAUUAAUCCAAACGAUCUCAAAGUUGAUACAUUUAGAGCGUCUGGCGCCGGCGGUCAGCAUGUCAACAAAACUGAUUCUGCAGUCAGAAUAACUCAUUUACCGACGGGACUUGUGGUCGGUUGUCAAGAGGAACGAUCUCAGAUUCAGAAUCGACACAAAGCCUUACAAGUGUUACGAACGCGUCUUUACGAUAUACAGCGUCGACAACUGGAUUCAGAAAGAUCUGAAGCCCGCAGAAAACAGAUCGGGAGUGGAGGGAGAUCAGAAAAGAUAAGGACGUACAACUUUCCUCAGGGCCGAGUGACUGAUCACAGAAUAGGUAUGACUGAGCAUGGAGCAGAACUGUUUUUGGAGGGAGAAGACAAACUUAAUCACAUGAUCACGGCUUUGCAGUCUCAACACGAAGCCGAGGCGCUACAGGAACUUACCAGUCAAUAUGACACCGGGAAGAAAGGGAAUAGGUAACCAAAGGAAAACACGGAAAACACGGAAAACACAGCCAAAGACAACAACACGGCGCUUUCUCGAGGGCCCAUCUUACGAAUGUGCAAAUGGCCAGACGAUGAAAUAAUAGUAUUUAUAUCGGAAUUGGUUAUGUAUUUGUUUCUUAAAAAAGAGCAAAAUAGUACAUUGUAACAUAGUGAAGAAGCAUUAAAAAAGAAAAAAAAGUCGCCAAGUGUUGUAAACUGCCUUUCCUUGAGGAUACAGAGGAAAAUGAUAAUGAAUAACCUUUGGUUCAAAUAGACAAUCUUUGGUCCUAAAGGAAGAAAUUCCAAUCAUCGUCGUUACCCUUUUGGAAGGGUCACCAUUUCGUAGGAGACAUUUUUUAACAAGACUGUCACCUGAAUGUCCACCGGGGUAACCUUUCCAUAUGUUAUCUUUACUAAAGGGAAACCUCUAUUAAGGGACACUUUUUCUAGUCCGAGUUUGUCCUUUAAUGUACGUUCCACUGAAUGAACGAUGCAUUUCCUAACUUUACUUUGGGACAUCUCUAUUCGGGGGCACUUUUUCCAGCCUCAAGUUUGAAUGUAGGUUCUACGGUCUAACUUGUCAUCUCUACUGAAUAAACACCUCUACUCAGGGACACUUAUUUCUA